UCAGGGCCAGCCUGGUCUACAUAGCGAGUUCAGGCUAGCUGGGGCUACAGAAAGACCCUGUCUCAAAAACACCAAAAAAAUAGAGAUUGGGUGGUAUAGGGAGAUGACCACUGAAGGUCAUUCUAAGUGUGGCUCUCCUAGCAGGCAGGUCCAUGGCUGGCAAGACUCUGCCCACUGAACACCAGGAAGAGGAGACUACCAAAGACCUAUCGUCGAAACUACCAGCAGUGAGGCCUGGAGGUCACCUGCCCAGCACUCAUGAGGCCCGCCCUACAGGUCUGGGUCCAGCCUCCCGUCGGGGCUCUGUGUUGGGUCUAGCCCGGUCCUUUUCACGUUGCAACUCACUAGCUGGACCGCUAGUGGGUCCUGGAGGUCGAAGACCAUCCCUGGGCCCAAUGCCCCAUCUAGGUUCACGGGUCAGCUUUUCUGGGCUGCCCCUGGUGCCUGCCGGUCAAAUGGCACCCUCAUACCGCACAGAGCCAGCACCAGGGGAGCGCUGGGAGGCUGCAAGUGCACAGCGUGCCCUGGAGGCAGCACUGGAUGCAAGGCUGUCCAAUGUGUGCUACUCGGGUACUGAGGCAGGAAGACUGACAUGGGAGCUGUGUGAACAGAUACGCAUGUGCCUGCAUGAGCUCUGUCUACCGCGCUACAAGCUGGUGUGCAGUGUGGUACUGGGGCCACGCAUGGGCCAGGGUGUGCACGUGGUCAGCCGUGCUCUCUGGGAUGCUGCGCAUGAUGGGCUGGCCUCUGCCACCUUCACCAAUGCCUCAUUGUUUGCGGUAGCUACUGUCCAUGGGCUCUACUGGGAAUGAGAAGGACUUCAAAUUCUGCAA